CGGACGCCGACGCUCAAGGUCAGCGUUGGAGCGCGCCGGGGCUGGCAUUCGGUGGGCUGCUCUGCUGGAGGUAGCGUGGUCCGCACGCUGUCGGCGCCAUGUGCACGACCUUGGUUCCGCUGGUGGGUCUCCUCUGCGUGUCGGGAUGCUUCUCAUUGACGAUGGACGGUAUAAGCGUCAGUGGUCUGAACCGAGUUGGAGAUGAUGUCAUCUUGGAGUGUGGUUUCGUAAAAGAGACCUAUGAAGAGUCCCAAGGAACCGUGAACGUCACCUGGCAUAAAGAUGGGAUGCAGUUCUACCAUUCAGUGAACAACGGCAAUAGCAAAAUCAUCACGGUCAAGGAAACUCCAGGAAUCAAAGUUAAUGAAUCAAGAUCUGGUUUUGGGCGCCUGACUCUAAUGUCUCUUGAAAUCAGUAGCAGUGGAAGCUAUGGAUGCAGCGCCACUUCAGUCAAGAACUCGGUGACCUCUGGAAACAAAACUUUGUUUGUGAUGGCGCCACCUACCACUGAUCCGGUACUUUCCGGUCUGAAGAAGACUGAUUGGAUUCCAAAUGGUUUACUCGAGAUCAACUGCACCGCCGGCAAGUCCCUCCCGGCAGCGAACAUCACCUGGUCCGUGGACGGAAAACCGGUUGAGAGGAAUAGACUGAUUGAAUAUCCCACGGAAGUUGAUGAAGAUGGACUUGAAACUUCUAGGCUCGGUUUAUCCAUCCAGCUAGGUCAUGAUAUAAGGAAUGAAAUAAUCUAUGUCACUUGCGAUGCUGUUGUUGAGAAGACGGUUACUCAACCUACCGAGAAACAUUCAACGUUGCAUAGGCUCCGCUUUGCCAAAACUGUUGACAAAACAUUGACGCCGCCGGGAGCUGGGUCCGGCUCGGCGGCGGGCCACUCGUCCCCCGCCGCGCCCAUCAAGGCUCCGGCGGGCACUCCGCUGCUGCUGCUGCUGCUGCUGCUGCUGCAUUUCGUCUGGGGGACAGGCGCACUGUGGACUGCCGAGCGCCGCACCGGCGGGGGGCACUGCUAGAUCAGCGCCGCACCGGGAGACGCCUGUCGUGCUUGAUAGCGGGACUGGUUGGACCGUUUGAUGCGCAUUGAUGACGAAUGGCAAAAUGUUUUUACUAUGCGCAUUUGCUAUCGGUUGUGGAUGAUGGCGCAUUCUCCUUACGUCCAUGUGCAACGUUAGGGGUCAACUGACUAAUACUAGGCAAUGCCUAGUGACGGCCAGUGCAGUGAUAUCCUUUUCUUGUUACCCAUGUUCAAAUGUGUGGGACAUUGCACGUUUUGAUGACUUAGAGGCUAUCAAUUAUACUGCCUUCCUUUACACAAGUCUUAGAGUUAUUACCGGUUUAGAAUACACUACUAAUUACUU